AUGACCUCCCACCUCUUAACCACUUACCUCCUCGAGAGCACCCCCAAAUCCCUCAAAAGAGCAACAACCCACCCCUUCCUCGCCGCCGCCGGCCGAGGCACCCUCCCAAAAGUCACAUUAUCCCAAUGGCUCUCCCAAGACAGGCUCUAUGCCCAAUCCUACAUUCGUUUCAUCGGUUCCCUCUUAGCCAAAAUCAACCUUGAAUCCCGCGCGACAAAGCCCCCUUCGGCCUCGAAUGUAGGCACACCAGACCAACAGGCUGUUAGUAUUCUUAUCGAUGCACUCGUGAAUAUCCGUCGCGAGUUACAGUUCUUCGAGUCUACGGCCUCGGACUAUGGAUUGGAUUUAUCUGCUAUCUCGCCUUGUGAAGGUGGACCUGGUUCCGGAUGUAUUACUACCUCUGCGGCUAUUUCGACGAAGGGAUCCGGCUCUUGUCCCGGCUCGACGGGGUGUACGGCUUCGACUUUGACGGGGCCGGGAGAUACGGGACCCUCUGCUUCUGAUGGUACGGUCAAUAGUACUGCUGUGAUUGGUGGGGAUAACAUUACUAGUGCUGAGAGAGAUGAGCGUGGGAAUGAGAAUGUGGACAGUGCUCAUCGUCUUUGUGAACCGCAGGGAGAAUGCCAGAUGCAAGGCGGGGAAGUGUGCUAUCCUUCCUCACCGUUGAACACUUCUCAGACGCGUACAAAGGUUGGAGAAUGUGAGCCUUGUGAGCCCUGUGUACCCAGUGAAGGAGUCCAAUCGUUGGCUCCAAUUGAGCGGGAGGGACCUGUUUUCUUUGCGCCUACUAGAAUCACAAGGGCAUAUAUUGAUAUGUUCAUGUCGGCUUCUAGUCCCGGUGUCUCUGUUAUUGAGGGCUUGGCUGUGCUGUGGGCGACGGAGGUGUGCUAUUUACGGGCUUGGAGGUAUGCAGGGACGUUUUUGGCUGCGAGGGGAGAGGAUGGAGAAGAUGCUGAUGGGGGAGCUUUGAGGAAGGAGUUUAUUCCUAAUUGGUCGAGUCAGGAGUUUGAGGAGUUCGUUAUUCAGAUUGGAGAGGUUUUGGAUCUUAUGGCGGGACAGAUUAAGGGUGUUGAGGAGGGUGAGUUGAUGAGACAGAGGUGCUUGGAGUGGUGGAGACAGGUUGUUUGGUUGGAGGAGAGAUUCUGGCCUGUUAUGGAGUAG